AUCAUCUUCAAUCUCAUUGACCAACGCCUUUUCCGUCUCUCUACUCCCCUCUCUAAUUAAUUGCUCCUCAAGAUGGCGGCCGCAAUCAAAGCCCUCAAUGCGAAGAUUCGCUCCAACCCGUAUACCGACUAUUUCUUCUCGACCCAUUUCUGGGGUCCAGCAAGUAACUUCGGUAUCCCGAUUGCGGCUGUGGCCGAUAUGACCAAGGAUCCUGAGAUCAUCUCUGGCCGCAUGACUGGUGCUCUCGCCCUCUACUCUGCCGUCUUCAUGCGCUAUGCGCUCGCCGUCUCUCCCAAGAACUACCUUCUCUUCGGCUGCCACUUCAUAAACUGCGCAUCCCAGCUCACCCAAGGAUACCGAUAUGUACAAUACUUCCACAUGGGCGGCCAAGAGGCGGCUUUGAAGGCAAAGGAGCUCACCGGUGCGACACAAACCAAGGUCCUCGAGGCAGUGGAGAAGGCCAAGGACGUCGUCGGAAAGAAAUAGAGAACGAGAACCAUUAUAUGAAAUUAGGAGGGAAACGAACGGAUUGACGAUGGGGUUGUUUGUAUUCUAAACGGCGGCGGCGAACAGACGUAAUCGUCAAACCUGCAUGAAUCUUGUCGUUAUUAUGGCGUCGCCAUUGGAUAUGUUGUAUUCCGGGUAGUCUUCUUCGCAAAAACUCUAUCAUUGCAGGACCGGGAAUUGAUUGCAGCAUUUGGAAAUGCAUUAUCUGACAUAAAUCAAAACAUUCACAAACGUCUUCUUUCUGGAUUCACCUGUGAAAUUUUGUUCGUCUAAUCGCUUCUAUAUCCAUGAAUGGCAUUGGAUAUGUUAUGUAAAAGUA